UAUUGAAGAAAGCUAGGGGUAGGGCACAAUAGUAGAUGGGAGACGCGACAAUAUUAUUGUCGGAGAGAGUGUGAGAAGCGAAACCUAAAUUUCUCGGAUCAUGUCGCCGAAAAUGAGAUCGAUCUUUGCUCAGGUGUAUCAAAAAUCGGUAUCGAUGGGGCGUAGCCGCAACUUCUGUUCAUCACCAACCAACUUCGAAGUGUCGAAGAAGAGAGCUAUAGCGAAUUUUCUUGUAACUCGAACCGUAGGAUUUGCUUCCGGAUUUCUCACUGGCCAUUAUCUAUUUGGUGAUCUAGAUAAGAUCCUUGAGGAGCGACUGGAAGAGCAACUGAGAGAGGCUGAUGAAUCCUUGAAGAGAAGGGAAGAGAUAUUGGCCUUGGUUCCAAAAUCCUUCAAGUAGCUGUGGUCAGCCAAUUAAUUGGCUUUUUUUGCUAUGUAUAAUGUGUGGUCGUAUGGUAUGAAAACUAUGUGUCUGUGGUUUUGUUUAAAACUUAAACACUCGUCUCUGAGAUUGAUUUCUUUUCGUUCUGUCAGAAUAUUAUAAUUUCUUGUGUGUUUUCUGGGACCAAAGAGUAUGUUAUUGGGAAUGUUUUAAGGUGAGAA